AGUUUUUAGUUUAAUCUAGACCAUUAGAUGCACCUAACAAUGAGUAGUCUAAAUUAUUUUCUUUUUUCUGAUUAACGUGAUAAUUUUAUGACUUUAAAAAGCGAACAUUGUGGCUCAUUUUUCAUCUCAAAUAAUAAUAUAAUAGAUACGCUCUCAGAAUUUUAAGCCUACAGAGAAUUUUGUAAGAUUGUCACAAGUAGAACCAGCACUAUUUAAUUAUUUAUAUUGAAAUAAAUACAUCAUUAUUCUUACAAUCAUACUCACAGACGACAAGCGUGCUCUGAAAUGAUGAUUUCAGUGACAGUCGGUGUUUUUCUUUCUUCGAUGUUACUGUACUCACGGGCCUGCUCAUGAGGAUUUUACAGCUUUAACUCCAAAUUCAUAUGCUAGUAUUACAAAAUUUGAACACCCUAAUCCAUUCAAAUCUAGUGAAUGUGUAAUAAUUUGCUAUAUUCUUGGUAUCUUUUACGAGAAGAGUUCCUGGUGUGUCAAUAUACUCCACAUCCUGAAGCCAACUGAGAAGGACGAGAAGGCUUAAGAAAAACAAAGAAAAAGGAGAUGGUGACAGAAACAUAAACAUACGAGGAGGAAAUGGAAAAUGGAAAUCCACUACGUGUUUUGCACUAUCCACAGGCCACAUGUCACCAAACGUAAAACGUCGUGCAAUAGACUUCUUUAGGAAUUGCGCUCGAACUUUGUUAAAUUAAUUUCAGUACGAAAUUGCGAAGUUAUUUGACCCCUUCUGUUUACCUGAUCACAACACAAAAUAAUCAAUCCCCUUUAUUCAUAGUAGUUAUCAAUUGCAUUUAGAUUUUUUUUUCCCCAAAGAAUCGGCACUACCAUGUAACUAAUUUUUUGCUUCUCGGUGAUGAUUCUGCCAACAGGGUUGGAAUGCAAACUAAUGAAAUUCCAUAAUCCACAAACAUAGUAGCUAUCGACAUAUUCAGAUUCUUCAGCAAGGUGCCACACCAACCCUAGGUACUAGUGCCGAUACUCGCCCCGCCAAUCGUUGGUGUGCCCACGCGAUUUAACCACUUAAAAGACAAGUCCAAACUCCAAAGGAUUAAUGAAACCUAGCUCCAGCAGCCCAAGCUGUAUAGAUAUAUACACACACCAUUGAUUGCACUCAUCUAUACUUGCUGGUUCAGAGAAAGAAGAUACCCCAGAAAUAAUUCUGUGCACAUGAUAUCUUGGUAUAUGGUUCGCAUCAUUUAAGCCACUUGUGCUCCAAAGUCUUCUUUCCUUCGUUUUUUUAAAAAAAGUCUUCUUUCCUUAAAUUCCAGCGUCAUUUCUUAACUUCUCCGGUCUGAGUCAGCGAAAGGAAAAAUAUUGCCCAAAUCAUCCUACUGCGUCUCCCCGUUGCUACGAUGCCCGGGUUUGUCGUGCCAGACGAUCUUAAAUUAUUGUGUUCAACUCUUCAUGGCAUUAAAAAUAGUCUUGUUCUUUCCUUGACUUAAAAUUCACGCGCCCAUAUAUUCAGCUUACAACACUAUUGCAGCGUAUGAAAUUCAUUGCAGAAUCCAUAGAGGAAUGAGGAGGAAGCUCCACAGCAGGCUUCGAGGCUGAAGAAGAUAUUUCCCGGAGAGAUCAGAACAAGCAACGAGCGAAAUGACGUCGCAGAAGGACCUCUUUGAUGUUUCAGGGCCCACGUAUUUGACGUAUGUGAACUGGAACUGUCCGCACCACCGGCGAUCAGUCAUGGCGAGCCUUGUCCAGGGCGUGUACGUCCUGGAGCGCGACCGGCAGUGGAACCGGCAGGGCCCCGACGCCCGCGCGCCGGCAUGGUGGAGGUUCUUCCACUUCGAGAUGAGGCAGGUGCUCGUCGACGCCGCCGACAACUCCAUCUUCGGCGCCGUCUACGUGUUCCAGCCGCCUCUCCACCUCCUCGACCCAACGGCCGCCGCCAGCGCCCCGCACUACGUCGUCGCCUUUCGCGGCACCAUCACCAAGAAGGGCUCGGCGAAGCGGGACCUCGAGCUCGACCUCCAGCUGGUCCGCAACGGGCUCGAGCGUAAGUCCCGCUUCGGCGCCGGCAUGCAGGCCAUCCACGACGCCGUGGCGGCGGCUGCGGGGCAGCACGACCGCGUCUGGCUGGCGGGCCACUCGCUGGGUUCCGCCAUCUCGACGCUGGGCGCCAAGACCAUGGCCAGGGCGGGCGUCGUCCUGCCCACGUUCCUCUUCAACGCGCCGUUCGUGUCGGCGCCGGUGGAGCAGAUCGGGGACCGGUGGGUGAGGCAGGGCAUCCGCAUCGCCAACAGCUUCGUCACGGCCGGUGUGGCCGCCGCCCUGCAGAAGGGCCACGGCGGCGUCCACGACGCGUCGUUCGCGGCGCUGGCGGCGUGGGUGCCGAACGUGUUCGUGAACCCGGCGGACCCUAUCAGCGCGGAGUACGUGGGGUACUUCGACCACCGCAGGAAGAUGGAGGAAAUCGGCGCGGGCGCCGUGGGGAGGCUGGCGACGAGGAACUCGGUGAAGGACCUGCUGCUGGGCAUCGGGAAGGGAGGCGGCGGCUGUGAGCCGCUGCACCUGUUCCCGUCGGCCGUCCUGACGGUGAACCGCGGGCCGUCGCCGGACUUCAAGGCGGCGCACGGGAUCCACCAGUGGUGGAGGACGGACCUGGCGCUGGAAUGCAGCGCUCAUUACUACUCUUGAUAUCAACGCUUAAACUUCGGAGUCGAUUGAAUUCUUGAAACUGAAACACAGGUUUCAUGAACCAUCUUUAGAUUCUUGAAACUGAUCCAUACCAUUCUUCGGAGCAAGCUCCGCCGCCACCUCGUCUAAGGCAGGAGACGAGUUGGUGCUCCCUCCCCCUCGAAUCUUCGAUUGUCCAUCUUCAACAAAAUCGGUUGUCGCUGCACCAUUUCUUCUUGGAUGACGGACUACGGUUGAAGCAGAGAUUGACAUUAAGAGAAGGCGUAGUGUACAUUUAGAGAUAGGGUACACAAGAAACCAUGGUUGCACAACGUGGGUGAGCGACGAUAUGGCGUGACAACGUUCUUGUUUCGAGCCAUAGCUUUGGAGGAGAACAGUGAGCCAUGACAAUGGUGGAUGAGUUGGGGGCGGGUGGCAACCCCGAUUGGGGAGUUUGGGAGGUGCCAUGAGGUUUCAACAGCGACGAGGGGUGAUGGCAGUAGGAGCGUGACAUACGACGAACUUGCUGAGAGCAUUAGACGAUUCAUGAGGGAGUCGUAGGGCAUGCUUGGUUAUUUACCGCACAUGGCUUUACCCAACUUUCAACAUUAUAGUCUCGGGUAGUAUCAGUGUCAAAUUUUCUUACCAAAAGUUUGGGCUGCCAUAGUUUUUAUAAUGAA